AUGUCUACAACGUCUGAUGCCAAGCCACCAGGAAACAUGUUGGAUCAGAACCCCACUGCCAAGACCUUUGCAGCUUUCAAUGUGGAGCCUAGGAAUUUGAUCAUGGGAAAGAGCACCUAUCCCCCGCACAUUAUCGUCAGCCUCACGAUUUGUAUCGAUGCCGGGCCGAAGGAGCGCAUGUUCAAGGCCGAGGAUGAAUCUUCACCACGUUGA